AUGUCUCGCGGCGUGGAAGUGGCGUCCCUCAGCCCACCCAUGACCAGGCAGGGGCAGUUCUGUGGAGUCUUUUGCCCCGUGGAUGGAGUCACUGGAGGGGUCGGACUGGGUUUGGACGCGUGCCGGGGGCGCGGUGGUGCGGACGGGCAGACGGAGACCUCCCAGCCCAAGAAGAAGGUCCAGAUACGGGAGAGCAAAGGCAAAGAGGCGUUGCAGAAUUUGGACGCUAGGGCGUUCGAGGUCCCACGAGCGCCGUAA